CGAGGAAGGAAUCGGUAGAGAGGGUUUCCGGGCUCGCGAUUCACGUUCCCGCUUGCCGCUGGCCGAUCGUGCAAGCGCGUGACAAUAUUUAAAGCGACGCAGCCGUGGAUCGCGUGGACGUUUUUCGUCUUGAUCGCGACACGUGAAGGAAACCGUGGAUUCUGCCCGCUUUCCGACAGUCCUCGCCCAAGCUCCGAUAGAAAGAAGACACCGGCCUAUGCUCGAAUCGCAAUGGUGAACCAGAUUGCGUCUUUAUCGUUCUCAGUCGAAAACAGUCGUGGACACAAAGAAGAAACUGCAGACUUCGAGAAAGCUAUUAGACUUUGUGAGUAUGGGAGGUUUCACUAUGGCUUCCUGUUUCUUUGCGGCGCUAUAUUUCUCUGCGUUGGAUGCCAAAAUGGCAUUAACGCGUACAUUCUACCAUCCGCGGAGUGUGAUCUCAAACUAUCAUCCGAACAGAAAGGUCUCCUCAAUGUUUCGUUCCUCGUAGGAGGCGUUAUCAGUGCUCUUUUCUGGGGAGUAUUCGCGGAUGCCUAUGGCAGAAGAUACAUCCUUCUUUUGACAAUGAUGUGCGACAGCAUCUUGGCGAUUGGAGGAAGUUUGUCUCAAAGUUUCGAAGUUCUUCUGAUUUUCAGAGGUCUCAGUGGAUUUUUCAUUGGAGCCCCUGGUUCAUUGGUUUACUCGUAUCUCGGUGAAUUCCACGCGGAAAAACAAAGGGUGAAAACCAUUUGUUACGUUGGAUUCUUUUGGACCCUUUCGUGGCUAAUAUUGCCAGGUUUAGCCUGGAUAAUCAUCCCAUUGCCGAUAUCUUUCCAAUUCCACGGUAUGGUCUACAAUUCUUGGCGACUUUUCCUAGCCAUUAUCGGAGUUCCAACGUUAGUGGUGACUCUGAUAGCUACUCGAUACCCGGAAAGUCCAAAAUUCUUGGUCUCCCAAGGUAAAACCGAGCAAGCUUUGAAGAUCUUGAAGAAAAUCUACGCAAUAAACACUGGAAACCACGAGGAUGACUAUCCCGUAAAAGUUCUAUUGCCGGAUGAGACGGUGAAUAUCAAUGCUAACAAGACAAACUUGUCCGGAUCAGGAGUGUUAACGGAAUUGGUGAAAAAUAUUUGGCAACAAAUGCGCAGCCUUGCAUCACCGCCGCUUUUGAAAUACGCACUUCUCAGUUGGGGCAUUUAUUUCACAAAUAUGUUUGGAUACUAUGGUUUCGGUUUAUGGUUACCAGAGCUCUUCAAUCGCUUCGAGAACUAUCAAAAUCUUCAUCCAAAUCGAACAGUGAGCGUGUGCAGACUGAUGCACGAACCUGAUCCGAAAGCAGUCUUAAGCAACAUCCUAGUAGAUUCAUCUGUCGUCACUAAUGAAUGCAAUCCUCACAUGGACGAAAUGGUUUUUAUUAAUUCGCUAACUAUCAACGCGUUUUGCUUGCUCGGUAAUAUCGCGUCUGGUUACCUGGCAAAUCGAGUUGGACGUCGGACGAUACCAGUGACAACCAUGCUGUUGGCGGGCAUAUUCGGGUUCGCGAUCUACUUCGUCAAGUCCUCCCUGCAGAUACUCAUGGUGACCUGCGUAUUCUCGUUGACAAUAGUCACCGCGAAUUUCGUAAUCGGUAGUGUUGUGGUCGACAUAUUUCCAACGCACGUGGGCGCCGUUGCCAUCUGUAUGAUGACCUUCUUUGGUAGAGUCGGAGCGAUAGCUAGCAAUUUGGCUUUCGGAAUGCUGCUCGACAUUAGCUGCGAAGUACCAAUUUUCUUGGUCGGCAGCUUGGUCAUUCUUGGGGGACUAAUGGCACUCAUGCUGCCAAGGAAAAAGAGUUGAACGAUUCAACGACUCGAGAAACAGCAGAAGAGUUACUAUAUUUACUGUAACGUGUCGUCAGAAUGUGAUGGUCGAUCAUUCCAUAUAAUUUUCACUCACAUCACAAGCAUCUAUCAUCUUAUAGAUCGUUAGAUAGGACGAUAUACUUUGCAGCCGGAGGAACAAUUCGUCGUUGUUCUUUUUUUACGAUUUUAUGUAAAUAAAAUCCAUAUAUUUUUCUAUAUAAAAUAUAAUUUAUUUACAUGAAAUUAAUUUUAGUCGUUUCUUGAGUAUCCAAGAAACUCUGUUUCGAGUUACUUCUCUAUAGUCUUAUAUACUGGCAAAGUGGUAAUUCGUAUUUCAUCGAUAGCAUUGUCUAUUUAAACGAGAAACUGUAUUUUCAUGAGAUUUCGAUAUAUACGACCAUUAUUAAAUGUGGCUAGAAUAAUUCUAGUACUUUUAAAUUGGAGGGAAACGCGAAAUCUCAGUCUCGAUUGAAGAUACGUGAUGAACCUUGCAAAUCGAUCUCGUAUUUCUUUGACAUCAGACCUUUAUGAAUUCGCGAAAGCUUUUUGCAAACGUUAAAUCUGUUUUUCAUGGAACAGCAAGCAUCGUAAGUUACAAUAGCUUUUAUAUUUGAAAAACGAGUAUUUGAAUUUAUGUACUGCGAUUUGAUAAUUAAUUAUUCGACUCUGCCUGUUUGGCGUCUCGAGUGUAAAACGUUUAUUUUGUACACAUGCGUCAACGAUGUACUGUACCUAUAAAAAUGGAGCAUGUAAAUCGCUUCACUACAGUGCAAAAAAUAAAUUUU